CAGGCCACGACCCUCGUCCUAUAUCAUCACCGACCUCUGACUGCUCCUUCGUCAUCCCACAUCCGCCUCAACACAGACCGCACUCAGCCGCAGUCCGCAUCUGCAACUCGCAGCUAAACUUCAUGCGUGGCGCGCUCUUCAACGCCUCCCCUGCCUCUCGCCCCUCGCCCUCGAUGCCCCUCAACGCUCCCCUGUUCGAUGACCAGCUCUAUCAUCAAUACCAGUACGCUGCCACCAGUCAACGCUAUCAUCAAGGGUCGUACCCCUCUGCGGCCAGCGCUUCGAUUCUGGGCGGUGCAACCGGAGAUUCGCUCACCUCGUACGGAUCUCGUCAAUCGUGGUCCACAGGUUCGCAGCAUGGUUCAGACUACGACUCUCCCAACAGCACCCCAUACUCUGAGUACGGCCCGCCGCUCGAGCAAGAGUAUUACUCGAAUGCAAACUCGACAUCCUCCACCCAAAGCGUAGCCUACCCAGAGUCUUCUCAGCGCACGCAUGUCUCCAACUCGGCAUAUAAUACUAUGUACAACUCGCGCUACUACAGUCCUUCCACCGGCAGUGCCAUGUCGUCCAGGACGUCCCGCUCUCCGGAGGAGGAGCUCGCCUCAUACAGCUUCACGGAGUCUUCACACAACCCGAGCCCUGUUCUUGGUGCUGAGAGUGCGCUCAGAGGAGGGCGUAGCUCGUGGCAAGAUUUUUCCGACACAUCUUACGAUCACCUCACCUCAACUUCGUACUCGAGGUCCCAACCUUCCGCCUCUUCCCAACUCGGUGGUCUCCCCGGGCUGUCCGGGAGAUCGCGUCCCCCUACUCAGCAAGAUGUGUUGUCCUCCUUCGUUGGCAGGCGCGACUCGGCAACGCUCCCGUCACAUUCGUCUCACCUGCGGCUACCCGGAAACCUGGGCGAGCCUGGGAACCCCGCCGUUGUGCCGCCUCUUGUCUAUGAUGGCGAGGAGUAUGACGACGAAUCAGAAGGCAGCCUGCCGUCUGCGAGCGCAGACGUCUACCGCUCUACCUACCAAGCCGUCCAGUCCUCUCGUCGAUCGUCAACUGACGAAAUGGCCGGAUCAAUCUCAGGCUCGAGCGGUGGUGAUAACAGCGUCGAGCCCCGCAGCCCGACCCCUCCCCCUGACUCAGCCUUAUCCUCGCCUCACAUGCUGCCAGAACGCCAGGGUGGUGAGCGAUCAAAACCGACUCAGCCCAAGAAGUCGAAGAUGCACCAGUGCACCGUCUGCCAGAAGUGGUUCCCGCGCCCGAGUGGUCUGGCGACACACAUGAACUCGCACUCUGGUGCUAAACCGUACAAGUGUCCCAUUCCGAACUGCACGAAGAGUUUCGCCGUCCGCUCUAACGCGAAACGUCAUCUCCGUACACACGGCAUCUUCCCUUCUUCCGACCACCCGACGGCUCCGUCUCAGUUCACGGUGGGAUUCGAUGCCCCUAUUAUAUCAGAGGUACACGAGGUCGGAAAGCUGCCGUCUAAACUGCGCUGGGUCCCCCAGAGCCUCGCGACGCGCACAAAUGUGGAGUUUCUCCGAGACGCUCAGUCGGAUUCGGACGAGGAGUACCCGCCAUCGUGCCCCGUCCUCUCGGUCCCACUCCCUGCGGUUGUGCCCUCCGAGCCCAAGUGGAGCAGCGACGACUUUGAGGACAGGAACUCGUACGAAGACAUGGGCGCGAGCCCGUAUCUCGACUCUCAUCAGUGGAGGGCGCUGCCCGGCCCCGCUAUCGUCAACCCGCCGUCGCUCUGAAAAUUGUUAUCCCGUGCUCUAUCUUAGUGAUGCGACUAUUUCUUCUACGUUGACUUGUCCCGCUAAUUUUGUGCCGCUGCGGGCGCAUUCCUGGAGCUGUUCUUGUGGUAUACCCAUCAUGUUGUAGUCGUACUCCAUUGUUUCCCGGGCGCUGAGUAGUUUCCUCUUCUUCUUCUUCGUGUUGGCAGCUUGAAACCUUCGGAUUGGCUGAUAGAUCGCGAAACUCGAUGAUAUGUUACAGUAGUGUUCGUUUUCUAGUCGACUACACAUGUUCCGCAAUGCGUGGCUGUACGUACGCUCCGGAAGCCGUGCGGCAGAGUAUCAAUAGAAAAAGUGUGCGGAUGCAGCACCGGUUCG